CAAGAAAAACAAACAAGAGUGACGCGUCAAGAAGGAAGGUGAAGGAGGAGGAAAGGCUGCCUUUUGAGAACUUUCCCACUGUUGAAAUCUCAAAACAAUCCGAACCCAGAAAUUUUUUUUUUUUUUGGGUUCUCCUCCUCUUUUUCUGUGAAUCCAAUUCCUGUCUUUCACAGUGGAUUUCUUCCCCUUCUGCAUUUUGCUUCCGCCGGGCAGAGUGAAGAAGAGGAAGCCUUCCCUUCGGAUUUCGCUUCUUGCUUGCUCCCGGGGAGUCGUGGAGUCUGGAUUUUGUGCGAGUUGUUGAAGUUCAGGUGCCCCGAAUUUUUGGUUGAGCUCGGGGAGCUCAGUUCUGGGGUUGCUCUGGAAUGGCGAAGCGUGGGUAUAAGCUGCAGGAAUUUGUGGCGCAUUCUGGCAAUGUCAACUGUCUCAGUAUCGGGAAGAAAGCACGCCGGCUUUUUCUCACCGGUGGAGAGGACAACAAAGUCAAUCUAUGGGCAAUUGGGAAACCAAACUCUCUAAUGAGCCUCUGUGGUCACACAAGUCCAGUAGAAUCCGUGGCUUUUGAUUCAGCAGAAACUUUGGUGCUUGGUGGAGCUUCCUCUGGGGUCAUAAAGCUAUGGGACUUAGAAGAAGCAAAGAUGGUUCGUGGUCUUACUGGGCACAGAUCGAAUUGCACGUCUGUGGAAUUUCAUCCUUUCGGAGAAUUUUUCGCAUCCGGUUCCAUGGACACUAAUCUAAAGAUAUGGGAUAUCAGAAAGAAGGGUUGCAUACACACAUAUAAGGGUCAUACACGAAGCAUUAGUACUAUUAGAUUCACUCCUGAUGGUCGUUGGGUGGUUUCUGGUGGAUACGAUAAUAUUGUCAAGGUGUGGGAUCUGACAGCUGGAAAGCUUUUGCACGAUUUUAAGUUCCAUGAGAAUCACAUCAGAUCCAUAGAUUUCCACCCUUUGGAGUUUCUUCUUGCCACAGGAUCAGCUGACCGAACUGUGAAAUUCUGGGACUUGGAGACCUUUGAACUGAUUGGAUCGACUAGGCCUGAGGCUACAGGAGUUCGUUCAAUCACCUUUCAUCCCGAUGGGAGGACCUUAUUCUGUGGAUUGGAUGAUAGCUUGAAGGUUUAUUCAUGGGAGCCCGUAAUUUGUCAUGAUUCCAUUGACAUGGGAUGGUCCACGCUCAGUGAUCUCUGCAUCCAUGAAGGAAAACUUUUAGGUUGCUCUUAUUAUCAAAAUUCGGUCGGAGUUUGGGUCUCAGAUAUAUCGCUCAUUGAGCCUUACGGAGCUAAUCUAGUGCCUCCACAAAAGGAUGUCAUGCAACAUGAAUUUAACCUCCAGAAAAGCCAUUCAGUGAAAAAAGGGAGUGAUGAGAGAUCAAUUUCAAGUUUACGCUGUCCAUCUCCUGAUUAUGAGACGAAAGAGAUAAAGAACAUAUAUGUGGACACUGCCAAUGGAAAUCCUGUUUGUUCCGAGAGAGUUGGUUCCUUAAGCUCUCCAAAAAUAAUAUUGCCAUUGGAUUCCCCUGACAUUGGUAGUCCGAUGGUAAAGAAGCAUACAUCCUCUGCAAAAGGUUCUCCUGAAAAAGCAAGGGAGCAAGCAUUUCUCAAAUCUUUUUCAGUGCCUGACGUUGCUCUUCAGGAAAGCGCAGAAGGAAAAGACAGCUCUGUCCCUCGAAAAGAAUCCAUCACCUUUUCAAGGACGAAACCAGGGAUGUUGCUUAAGCCUGCCCAUAGAAGAAGGCCUUCAACUACAAAACUCGAUGCUGAGGGGCUUUCUUUAACUGCCGAAAUGAAAAAUAUCUCUGAAACAAAGAGCAUUUCUGAUAGUUCUGAUCCCAUGUUACCAAAGCUUACUGCACACAGGCGGAGGCUGUCGAGCACCAGAUUUGAUGUCGAGACUUUAUCAGAUUCUUCUGAAAGUAGAACUUUUAGUGAGACAAAGGUUGAUUUCAAUGGUCCUUUAGACACUGGCAUCAAGAUUGCUCCCGGGACUCCGAAAGAAUCCCCUCAAGAAGACUGUUCUGAUAUCAAGAACGUGCCUGAGAAGAUAGACAAAACAUUGCCCCAAACCCCCAAAGAUGAAAAUCGCGAUGAAUCUCUUUGCAGCAGGCAAGGGAUAACACCUGUCAAGAUCGUCAAUGGAGUUGCUGUCGUCCCGGGCCGAACACGAACCUUGGUCGAGAAGUUUGAAAGGAGGGAAAUACUUAAUAGUGCUGAAGAACAAACAACGGCCACUCCCCCUCAAGAAUUGCCUGCAACAGAUAAAGCGAACACAUCUGUUCCUAUGAGUUUCGAAAGGAAAGAAACUGUAAGUAGCAGUAGCAAUCAAUCAACUGAUAGUUCCCCUAGCCUAAUUUCAGCACGCAGUCAAACUCCUGCAACUUCAGUUUGUAGCUCUGAAAGCAGAGAAGAAAUGCUUAAAAGCACGGAAGAUCAAGAAACUAGUCGGCUGAUCCCUUGCAUGGAGCCCUCAAGGAGCAAGACGCCUCCAAUUCCAAAUAGUAGCAUUGAUAAAAGAGAGCGACAUAAUAGCAAGGAGGACCAAGAGACUGCUGUAUCUCAUAAUGUGGUUGUGCUUGCAAGAGAUAAAGCUCCGAGUUCUCAGGUGGAUGCAUUUGUUAGACGAGAACGACUCAGUAUCAAGGAAGAUAGAGAAGCCACAGCGGUCCCUAAUGUUGUACUUGGAAAGGAUAGAACACCUACAUGCCGAGUUGGUAGCUCUGAACGGAGACAACGGUUGAACAAGGAAGAUCAAUCUGCGAGCAUCAUAUCUCCUAACGUAGCUCUUGGAAGGGACAAGGUGCCCCCAAAUCAAGUUGGUCGUUUCGAAAGAAGAGAGAGAUUUAAUAGCAAGGAGGAUCAACCAACUAGGAUUUCUUCACGUAUUGCGCCUUCAAGGGAGAGGACGCCCCCAAGUUUGGGUGGAAGCAUUCAGAGAAGAGAGAGAUUAAGCUCUCCUGAAGAUCAAGCGGCUAAUCGUGUGUUACCUGUGAUGGAGAGAACUACUGCAGCCGCAGGAAGCUUUGAAGAAAGAGAGAGAUUUAAUUCUACUAUGGAGGAUCAAGAGAGUAAUAUCCCUCUUCGUACGGUAUCUGUUAUUGAUAAGAUGGCCACUACACAGAUGGGUGAGUCUCAAAUUUUGGGGAGGGAACCAGACUCUGCAGAUGAUAGGGAUGUUGCCGAAGUUUUAAUGGAGAGCCAUGAAGUUUUCUUGAGCACCCUUAGAUCUCGUUUGACAAAGUUACAGGUGAUACGACACUUCUUUGAGAGGAAUGAUAUGAAAGGUGCAAUAAAUGCAAUGAGGAAGCUCCCGGAUCAUUCAGUUCAGGCAGAUGUUGUUGGGAUUCUGAUGGAGAAAAUGGAUAUGCUCAACUUGGAUUUGUUUUCUUCCUUGCUUCCCGUGCUUGUCAGUCUGCUUGAUAGCAAGAUCGAAAGGCACACUAGUCUUUCCUUGGAGAUGCUACUAAAGCUAGUGGCAGUUUUUGGCUCGUUGGUGUUUGCCACUGUUUCAGCGCCCCCGACUGUUGGGGUCGAUCUUCAUGCAGAGCAAAGGAGAGAGUGCUGUAAUCAGUGCUUUGCCCAGCUCCAAAAGAUCCAGAAGAUUCUCCCUCUUCUUGUAAGACGCGGCGGUGUUGUUGCAAGGUGCGCUCAGGAAUUGAAUCUCGUCCUUCAACAAUCGUAGUUUCACCUGGAGGGCAACAGUGGCUGGGUUGGUUUCUCUCGACCCAUACCUUAUUACGUAUGGCAGCUGUCACAUUUGAUGCGUGGAUCCGAGAACUUGCUUCCCAACCUUUUCCGCACCCCAUGUGGUUGAAUGCCCAAUGAGGUCAGCUUGUUUAGCAAGCAGAGCCUGCGGUCCAUGACGGGGAAAUUCGUAAGGGACCACUGAGUGCUUUUGUUCGGUUCGGUUCGGUUUUAUCCGUGUUAUUCGUUGGGAUAUGUAUGUAAUUCAUGUGUAUAUUGACAUUUGUUCAGCUGAGUGAAAUACAAGUCACAAAUUUCUUCA